CAAAGCAAAGCACAGAGCCAGCGAUUGAAGAACAAAGAAAAUACAGAAGGAAAAGCAAACCAAAGAAGAAGAAGAAUCAUCCAACUUCCAAACUCCACCUUCUCUAAUGGCGGAGCCAAACUCUCCUGUAAUCCAUUCUCCCACCACCAAGAAUCCAGCUUCAGAUCUCCCUGCGCAGAAGAACAACCCGCCACACAAAAUCCUGUCAAGCUUCCUCUACAAAGCCAUCAUCUUCGCCAUCUGCAUAGCUCUACUUCCCCUCUUCCCUUCCCAAAUGCCUGAAACCGCCAACCCCACCUUCCUCUCUCGAACAUGGGAGCUCCUCCACCUCCUCCUCGUCGGAAUCGCUGUCUCCUACGGCCUUUUCAGCCGUCGAAACGCCGACCACGACUUCGACAAAGAUAAAGAAAAAGACGCCGCUUUUAAGUCCGACACCAACUCUUAUGUCUCCAGAAUCCUUCAUAUCUCGUCCGCCUUCGAUGACGAAGACAGCAAGGCUGAAACUUGGAGCUCGCAGUACCAUCGCGCAGACCCCGUCAUCGUUGAGAGCAAGCCUUUGCUUUUGCCAGUUCGUAGCUUGAAGAAAUCUCGAGUUCAGAACUCGGAUUCUUUAGGCUCGUCGAGCGCUGUGCUUUCUUCUCCCAUUCCAUGGAAAUCGAGAUCUGGGAGAAUGGAAGCGAUAGAUGAUUGUCCUGCCAUGAACGAUGCCUCACCAACCCCAUCCUAUUAUGCGACAGCUAGCUCCUUUUCAUUAAACGAGCAUUCCAUAUCAGACAAGAGUUUUCAUGUAGCCUAUCCUCCACCGCCGCCGCCACCACCACCUUCUUUCAGUCAUGGAUCCCUGAUUUCAACAAGGAGGGAGGUGAAGAAGAGCUUCAAGGAUGAAUUGAAGGAUUUGAGCAUAAAAGGAAGAGAGGGAUUUCUCAAAAACAGUUCGUUGGACUCGUCUCCACCGAGAUCAGUCCGAACUGUGAGAGCGAAGGAAGCGCAAUCAACCGAGAGUGCUCCAGCUCUGCAGCAGCAGAAGUAUCAAACUGAAACAAAGAAGAAGAAGAAGAAGGUUGAGUUCAUGGAGAAGAUGAUUGUAAUGUCUGAUGAUUCUGAAAGUGAGAAAGCAAGCGAUUCAUCUGAUGUUGAAGAGGCUGUGCACUCGUCCGCAGAAGUCAGGGCAGAAGCAGAGGAGAACGAGGUGGACAAGAAGGCUGAUGAGUUCAUAGCCAAAUUCAGAGAGCAGAUAAGGCUUCAGAGGAUAGAAUCUAUCAAGAAAUCGAGUGGGCAUCGAGCAGUUAAAAAUACUAAGUAGUUAAUGUUGCAGAAUCAAGCACAGAUGGCGAUUUCCAUCGUUUAUCUUAUGUUUUUGUUCUUCUCUCUAUUUGCCUCUUUUUCUUUUUUUGUGUGUACCUUCUACUUCCUUUUUCAAACUUCUGAAUGUGGACUCAUUGUGAUUCUAUGUGAAGUGAACAAUGAAAAGGCAGAUAAAGCCCUACGUACAUUAACCAAAUCUGCUAAGUGUUACAAGAAAACAAUUCUGUUGGCUUGGCAAUGGAGCUAGCAUUUCUACA